AUGUCGCAAGAAAAUGAACAUAUUAGUGAAUGGUGUUUAAUUGAAAGUAAUCCAUGUAUUUUUUAUGAUAUGCUUCAGAAGAUGGGAGCAAAAAGUAUUUCAGUAGAAGAUGUGUAUGGUUUAGAAUACUUUGAUGAUUAUAUAAUUAAUAAAGAAGAAAUAAAUAUGAAUCACAUUUUAAGUAUAAAGGAAUAUAAGAAUGAAAAAGAGAAAUUGGAAAAAUUUAAUGAAGAAAAAAGUGAAAGAUUUUAUAACGAUAUAUGUAUAGAAACAAAAUAUAAUAAAUUAUUAAAGAAUAACUCUUAUAUUUAUGGUAUUAUAUUUUUAUUUAAUAUAGGAAAUGAUUAUAAUAAUGAUAAAUAUAUUAAACAUGAUAUCCCCGAAAAUUUAUUUUUUGCAAAACAAGUUAUACCAAAUGCUUGUGCUACUCAAGCUAUAUUAUCAAUUGUUUUGAAUAAAGAUAUUGAGUUAAAUGAAGAAAUCAAAAAUAUAAAAACUUUUAGUAAAAAUUUUGAUAGUUCAAUGAAAGGUUUAACAUUAUCAAAUUGUAGCUUUCUCCGUAAUAUUCAUAAUUCUUAUAAAGCUCCAAUAUAUAUAGAUAAAGAAGAUUUUUAUGAUGAUAAAAAAAGUACUGAUGCUUUUCAUUUUGUUUCAUAUAUUCAGUAUGACCAAUCUGUGUAUUUAUUAGAUGGUUUACAAAAAGGACCAGUUUUAAUUAAAAGUGAAAGUGAUACAGAGGAAAAAAGGGAUUGGAUAGAUAUUGCAAGGGGAGAUAUUAAAAAAGAAAUAGAACAAAUUUGUAAUUCGAAAAAUGAAAAAGAUAACAGAUUUAAUAUUUUAGCUGUAAUUAAAGAUAAGGAGCACAUUAUUCAAAAUUUCAUAAAUAUUCAUAGAGUUAUUAGACAAAGAACAAAUAUUAAAUUAAUCAGUUUAGGAGAAAAUAUUGAAUUAACUGAUGAAAUUAAUGAAGAUGAUUAUAAUUUUCCAAAAUUACCUACUAUAGAGGAUUUACCUAAUGAUUUAAACGAAUUACAUCAUAUUAUUCAGAAAUCCACCUUAGAAAUUAAUUAUUUAGAAAAUCUUUUAAGUGAACAAAUAGAAAUCAAAAAAUCUUGGCAUAAAGAACUUACUUUUAAAUUUUUUAAUUUCUAUCCAUUUAUUAUGUCUUCACUUAAUAUUAUGGCUAAGCAUAAACUUUUAAAGGAAUUUUAUCAAAAAGAAAAAUUAAAAAAAUCAACAGGAUAA